GCCGACCGCCCGGAGGAAGAGGAGGGCGCACGCAGCCUACCCCGAGUCCACACGAAGCUUCUGUGGCGUGAAAGAAAGAAACAAAGCCCCCGCAAGUGUUUGAGUGCGGGGCGGGUCCGAAGUCGAACACCAAGCCCAACCAUGGCCGUCGUCCUCCCCCUCUACUCCCCUCCCGCCCUCCGCCGGACCCCGGUGGCGCUCCGCCGCCCCCCGCCCCGCGCCGCCCUCAUCGAGGCCCGGCCCGUGCCCGCCGUGCGCUCCGACGGUCGCGGCGACGAGUAUGCGAUUCAGCUCGUGGAGACCACCGCCUCCUCCGCCCCCUUAUCCCUCGCGUCCAGAGACCGCUCCGAGGAUAUGCAGGCCGAGGCCCGGGCCAUGUCCCGCGCCGUCAAUGCCACCGUCUACAGCCCCCAGCUCCUCGCCACCAAGUACGGCUCUCAACCCCUCAAGGUAGUGUUGAGGACAUUGGAGGUGUUGACGGCACUGGGCACCUUUGGUUUCAAGCUGUUUCUGGACGACAGGCGUAGUGAGCUCGAUCUGAGGAAGCGGCAGAGAGCGGCAGAGCUGCGGGAGAUUUUCACCAGAUUGGGGGCGACAUUCGUGAAGAUCGGGCAGGGUCUGUCCACGCGGCCGGAUAUCUGCCCGCCGGAGUAUCUGGAGGAGCUUUCCCAAUUGCAGGAUGCACUUCCAACAUUUCCAGAUGCAGAGGCAUUUUCAUGCAUUGAGAGGGAGCUUGGUUUGCCUCUUGAUUCUAUUUUCUCAUCCAUUUCACCAUCACCUAUUGCAGCUGCAAGUUUAGGCCAAGUAUAUAAAGCCCAGCUCAAGUAUUCUGGACAGAUUGUUGCUGUUAAGGUGCAACGACCUGGUAUUGAAGAUGCUGUAGGCUUGGAUUUCUACCUUCUAAGGGGUUUGGGUUUUCUGAUAAACAAAUAUGUAGAUUUUAUCUCUAGUGAUGUUGUUGCUCUUGUUGAUGAGUUUGCACGAAGGGUCUACCAGGAGCUUAAUUAUGUGCAGGAAGGCCAGAAUGCACGCAGAUUUAGAAAGUUAUAUGCUGACAAGGAGGAUAUAUUAGUCCCAGAUAUCUUCUGGGAUUACACCAGUGCCAAAGUUUUGACAAUGGAAUGGGUGGAUGGUGUCAAACUGAAUGAGCAAGAAGCUAUUGAGAAGCAAGGUUUGAGUCUGUUGGAUUUGGUAAACACAGGUAUUCAGUGUAGCCUGAGGCAGCUGCUUGAAUAUGGAUACUUCCAUGCAGACCCCCAUCCUGGUAAUCUUCUGGCAACACCUGAGGGGAAACUUGCUUUUCUGGAUUUUGGGAUGAUGAGUGAGACUCCAGAAGAAGCAAGGUCUGCUAUCAUUGGUCAUGUUGUUCACAUGGUUAAUAGGGACUAUGAAGCUAUGGCCCGUGAUUACUAUGCCUUGGAAUUUCUAUCACCUGAUGUAGAUGUUUCUCCAAUCGUGCCCGCUCUUAGGAACUUCUUUGAUGAUGCUCUAAAUUCAACAGUAAGCGAACUCAACUUCAAAACAAUUGUAGAUGGUCUAGGUGCUGUUCUGUAUCAGUAUCCAUUUAAUGUUCCAGCAUACUAUGCAUUGAUAUUGAGGUCACUUACUGUGCUGGAAGGUUUAGCUCUUUAUGCUGAUCCAAAAUUUAAGGUGCUCGCUGCUUCAUAUCCAUAUUUUGCUAAGAGGCUUCUGACGGAUCCAAAUCCAUAUCUGAGAGAUGCUCUCAUUGAGUUGUUGUUCAAAGAUGGCAGGUUCAGGUGGAAUAGGCUAGAAAAUCUUCUUGUUCAAGGACGCAAGGAUAGAGAUUUUACUGCUAAAGAUGCUUUGCAACCUGUCUUGAAGCUAUUAGUGUCUCCUGAUGGGGAAGAGCUGCGAGCUCUAGUUGUGAAAGAGGCUGUUUGUGUCACUGAAGCUGUUGCCUUUGGUACAAUGAUUGAUGCUUACAAUUCAAUUCCGGACUUCGUGAAGACUCUUAUCAAUAAUGGCAAUACAAUUGCGCCCAAGCUGAGCGUUGCCGAACAAGAACGAAUGCUAGAACUUCGAGAUGGGGUGUUGAGAGUAUGGACCCUUUUGAGAUCCUCAGAUAAUUUUGACCCAAGCAUUUUGCAACCCAUUUUGCAGGUUCUCCAAGAACCUGAAGCUCGCAACCUUGGUGAGCGAGUUCUUGGAGGAUGCACUCAACGUCUUGCAGCUCGUUUGUUACAACAGGUUCUCCGGUCUCCAGCCACUGUUGCAGCUUCACAAUGAGAGGUUGGCAUUUCGAGCCAUGAGAAGAAUUGUAAAUUUACACAGUAUUUCAGCAGAAAAAAUGUAACGUGGCUAAAUGCUUUCAAUCGUUUUAUUUGUUCUUUUGUGGCAGAUAAAAAACCAACACAUGCUUUUGGGAUCAUGGUUAUUCAUCAUAAUUCAUACGCAUAUAUGCAUGAGCUUCGUAGAA